AGGAUGCAGGUGCUGGGCUGCAGAGUUUAUGGUUUAUCUGAUACAGGAAGUUGCCAAAAUAUUAGUUCUCGUUUGUUUUUCAAGACAGAUUUCUAAAAUAGGACCUGCUUGUUUUUGUGAAAAGUGCUGUUUGUGGUCUUGAAGUGUGAAACACAAGCAUGAAGCUGGAGAAAUGCACUAUUAUCAAGACAUGUGAGAAGAUGCCCUGGAGUGAAGCAUGUGUAACUCAAAAGGCAGAGAUGAAGUACAGAAGGAAACGAGCCUGUGGAAGUGAGAAAUAGAAACGAGCUGUCAGGAUUCAAACUGAAAUGAAUGUCUAUGAAGGUACCAGAAAACUUUGAAGAUGUCGCUGUUCGUUUUUCAAGGGAGGAGUGGAAGAUGUUGAGAAAGCAGGAUAAAGAACUGUACAAAGAAGUGAUGGUGCAGAACUUUGAACACAUGGUAUCAUUAGGAUACUGUAUCCCAAAGGAGCAACUUUUGUCACUGUUUAAAAAACGUGAGGAAGAGCUACCUGAGAAUACGAAAGGACCCGCGACCCUGCAUCAGAAGAUCAGUUCUGAUGGUCUCUUCGGCAUCUACAGGGGUACACAGUGCUGUGACAGUCCGCAUCACAUGUCAUUACAGAAGGAAGAUCUGAAUUCUGAAUCUGUCAAGAACAUUAUAGAUCAAAUGUCUACUGCGAGUCAUGAGUUAACUCAGACUGGAAAUGAAAUUCAUAAUUGCAGGGAAUAUGACAAGAGUUUUAGCCAGCACAAUGAACAAAAAAUGCAGUUGCAAACUCAUGAGGUGGAAAGAUCAUGCAACUGUGAUGAUUGUAAGAAGAGUUACAUAUUUUGUGGUAAUUUUGUAACACACUGUCAAACAUAUCAGAGUGAGAAAGCUUCAGAUGAGAUCCACAACAACAUAAAAAGUUCCAGAACAUUUGGAAGAAUUAAAGCAUGCCCCAGGAAAAAAGAUUGUCUAUUAGUACAAAAACAAUUUUGUAAAGGAAUAAAACACCAUAAGCAUGCAGGGUAUAACAACACUUACAAACAUAAAAAAAUCCACACUGCAGUGAAAUCAUAUAGAUGUACAACAUGUGACAAAUGUUUUAGAUGGAGUAGCUCCCUCGAAUAUCAUAAGAAGGUCCACAGUGGUGAUAGACCCUAUAAAUGUGCCACAUGUGGCAAUGGUUUUAUAAAGAAAUGGUACCUCAUUAAGCACGAGAAAACCCACACUGGUCAGAAACUAUAUAUAUGUGUAACAUGUGACAGGGGUUUUCACUGGAAGUGGAUGCUCUCCCGCCAUGAGCAAACCCAUACUGGGGAAAAACCAUAUAAAUGUGCAACAUGUAACAAAAGUUUUGCACAAAAGUGGAGUCUCACUUGCCACGAGAAACUCCACACCGGGCAGACAGCAUAUCAAUGCAAGCUAUGUGGUAAGAGUUUUCUGCAAAUGUCUAGACUCUUACCCCAUGAGAAAACCCAUACGGGGGAAAAACCAUACCAGUGUUCAAAGUGUAGCAAGAGUUUUACAACAAAGGAGUAUCUCACACGCCACGAGAAAGCCCACAUUGAGAAGAAGGAAUACAGAUGUGCAAUAUGUAACAAGAGUUUUUAUUCAAGGAGCUACCUUGUAUACCAUGAGAAAACCCAUUCUGAUUUUAGGCCCUAUAAAUGUGACACGUGUUGUAAAAGUUUUAUAAUGCGCUGGGAGCUGACAGUGCACAAUAGUAUCCACAUUGGGGGAAAGUAUAAAUGUACAGCAUGUGUCAAGAGUUUUCAUUAUAAGUCUCAUCUCAUAGUCCAUGAGAAAAUCCACACUGGUGACAGACCACAUGCAUGUACCACUUGUGGCAAAAGAUUUAUAAAGAAGUAUCAACUGACAAGCCAUGAAAAGACUCACACUGGUGAGAAACCAUAUAAAUGUGCCACGUGUGACAAAGGAUACAAGCGCAAGAGUGGUGUCAAAUACCACGAGAAAGUCCACAAUGAGAAAAAAGAAAAGGACAAAAGUAACAUUAAUUAGUGCAAUGUCUACACCUUGUGAUUAUAAUGUCUUGUGUAUUGAGAGACAUAAAGUCCUAAAAUAUCAGGAUAUGCAGGGGGAAGCAAGCACAAUGUGGAAUAAAGACACCCAGACAUCACCAACAGUAGUAGGUGCAACAGGGCUAUUACAAAUAUAAUAUGAACUGCAGAAGGAGUCAAUUCUGGGUACAUUGCUGGUGCUGAGAACACUCUUAGUAAGUAUGAAAGGUGAUGUAAUACUAAUUUCAUGAACUUUAAUCAUGCUGUCACUUUGGAAUGGGGUCCAUUCCUGUCAAGGUAUUAAAAACCAUAAAUAUUUGGAGCAAUUAAAAAAAAGAAAAAGAAAACAGAUGAAUACAGUGCCUGAGGACCAAGAGAGACUCAUAUGAUGAAAUAGAAAUAAACAAGAUGUACUACUGUACAUAUAAACUAAUAACAGAUAAAGCGCUACCACAAAAAUAUAGAAUAAGAAAGGGAAAGAGAAGCUCAAGAUGAAUGCUACCACAGAAGCACUGAUUUGAAAGAAAUAUUGGCAAGAAAAAUAUAGAAAAGGGAAUAGGCCACCAAAAACUCUUAGAUGUUAAAAAAGCAAUGCACACCAUCAAGGAAGAUCAGGUUUAUUCUCACACUGCUGCCAAGAAAAAAUCAACGCAUACAGAAAAAACUCAAGGGUACACAAUAUAUAUAAAGGAAAAUUUCAAAAUGAGCAAUUCAUUGAUGACACACAAAACUUUUAUAAUGAACUGGGAAAUAAAACAACAACAAAGCACCACAUAAAAGGAGAAAUCAGUGCUAUCAUACAGGAUAUGAAAUGGAAUAAAGUUGUUGAAAAAUUUAUUUUUGCUCAGUGAUGUGGCCUUGAAUAGAAAUUGCUUAUAGGUGCAAUCUGAACUAACACUGAUAUAAUUAACAACAGGAAAAACAUACUCUUCUUGAAAGAGAACCUGCAAACCAUCCUAAGAACUAAUGACCAAUCCUUUACAGCAAUAUAUGCAUUUGCGUAUGUUAGAACUGAUUCAGAGUUUACAGUCAUUUAGAAAAAAGUCAAUCAUGGCACAAGAACAGAAAGAUUAUAUAACUGAGUGAUAUGCAACAAAGCAUCAUCUCUUAUUAAACAUGUAAAAAGGAGCAGGUCCUAAGUAUAGCAUGGGUAGACAACACAAAAGCAUUUGACAACAUUUCGCAUUCAUGGAUUACAGAAUGCUUGCAAAUGUGUAAAAAUAUACCUUACACUGAGAAAUCAUCUGGCAGUCACCAUGAAGCAGUAGCUAACAACUUUACAGCUGAGUCGUGAUAAAGGGAAAAUUACCAACCCAGGCAUAAAAAUCCAAAGAAGGAUAUUUAUUGUAGGGUGAUUUAGUUUUCACUGCCACUGUUUUACCUUGCUCGUAAUCCACAAAAAACAUUUACUUAAAGGGAACUGCACCUUGGAACUAAAAAAAAAUAUAUAUAUAUUUAUUUAUUUAUACACUUUUUUAAGUGGGGAAGAGUAAAUAUGUUUUAGUGUAUCUCUUUUUCUGAUCUAAUUUAAUGCAUCAAAAUCAACCUGCAUGUUUCUUAUAAAAUUUGAAUAUGUUUUACUACAAA